CGACUGCUUGCUCCUUUACAGGGUCAGUCAAGAGUCCAAACUGAAGAGACUGGAGAGAACCUGUCAACAGCUCCAACUAUGAAUUCAGCCGUCACCAUCUUCCUCACCUGCCUGCUUGUCUUCUGGGCACAAGGUCAACCAGCCAUCAGAUCAAGUCAAUGCAAGUGUUCCAAAAGUUUUGUGGGCAGGAUGAGCCAAAAGCUCAUCAGGGCUGAGCCGGUCGUACACUACCCAAGUAUCUUCUGCCCACGAACAGAGAUUAUUAUUACAACGGCAGAAAACAAGGAAAAAUGCGUGAACCCUCUGUCACCCCUUGGACAACUGAUUUUGAAAAACAAAUCCAAGCAUGAGAAGAAGGGAGCUGGGAGCACAACGACAGCCUCUGGUCACACGACAACAUCCAGCUCCACAAGACUCUACACGACAUCCAAGAUGUAGGACAGUGAAGAUGAAGCAGUGGAGCUGAAACAAUGUUGUUGUAUUAGAGUCUUGUUCAUCACCAUAAAUAAAAUAAGAGGGUGUAAGUGAUCAAAUGCUGUCAGUGGAUACUUCCUUGUUUCCACCUAUAUAUGUUGUAUAUAUGUAUAUUAAGUAAACUACUUUUUACAAAUAAAUGUUUCUUUAAAUACCAACAAUAA